AUGAUCACGGACGUACAAUUGGCCGUAUUCUGCAACAUUUUGGGAGUUGCGCUAUUUUUCUUGGUGUUUCUCUUUCACUAUAUAAACGCCAAUUAUUCGAAAUAAGGAAUUGCCGAAAGUUUAGCCCGAUGUAACCUAUAUCGUUGAAUCUGGUUUUCAUUUCCGUCAAGUUGGCCCCUGUCCAGUGAUCAUGUCAUCUCUGGAAAAUAUCGCCUUGAUGCGUAUCGUACAAUACGCUACAUGAAAAUUAUGCAAUCUUUUCGUCAUGUUAUAAAGUUCUCGAAAAAUAAACUUUGCAUUUUGUUUUA